CCUACCCUCACCCGCGCUUUAUCCAGGAUGGACUGGACGGAUAUGCAUUUUCGUCAGCUUGCCCGGCUGCUAUCUCGCCGCACAUGGUUGUGGACGGAGAUGGUGGUCGACAAGACCAUUUUGCACACGCAGAACCUGGACAAGUUCCUUUGGUUCCCCCCCGAGCAGCGACCUCUUGUACUGCAGCUGGGGGGCUCGGACCCAGCCACGCUGGCGGCGGCGGCGGCACGGGCGGUGGAGUACGGCUACGACGAAAUCAACCUCAAUUGCGGUUGCCCCAGUGACCGAGUGGCGAGUGCGGGGUGUUUCGGAGCGGCCCUCAUGAUGCGGCCGCACCUGGUUGCCCGCUGUACGGCAGCGAUGGCGGAGGCGAUGAAGGGGGAUUUGCGUUUGGUCAUGAUGACCUGCUACCCUGGUGGGAGGUACCUGGGUGCCAUUUUUUCCGUACGAUGCUGUACGAUUCUGACAGCCCGGUCACCUCCUCCCCUCCCCCCGGGUGUACGGCCCCCCUGGGUCGUACAGGGUUUGUCCCCGCAUCAGAACCGCACCGUACCGCCUUUGCGGCACCAGUGGGCUUGGGCCCUCGCUCGGGACUUCCCGCAUCUGCAGUUCUCCCUCAACGGGGGAGUGUUGAACUGCCACGAGGCGCGGUUUCAGGGUUUGUCGGUUGGCGGCAACGGUGGCGGCAUUGUGGGUGUCAUGAUUGGCCGCGGCGCGUACAAUGACCCAUGGGGCUGCCUAGCAGACGCCGACCGUGCAGUGUACGGCGAGCCGUACAACCCGGCACCAUCGCGACGCUGGGUCAUCGAACGAUAUCGGGAAUACGCGGAGUCAAUGGUCGGCAGGUACCCCGACGGCCACGCCGACCCGUCCAUCCGCACCCUCAUGCGACCCCUGCUCAACCUCUUCCACGGGGAACCCGGGUGCAAGCGCUGGAAGAACGAAGUGGACGAACUGCUG